UGGACAUCGGCGGGAUUUCGAGCGUCACUUCAAAUUUAAAGCGUCUUUCGUCCAAGUGUCACGUCUUCGUUGAAGCAAGUCUUUAACCAAAAGUUCCUCCGCAGUUUUGUAAUAUGUCUCACAGAAACAGAUCGAGCAAUGCAGGGAUUGAUUUUGACAAGCUUCCCGAGUCACCGCUAACGUCUAGGCACUUUCACCGUCGAAUGACAACUCCAGGGACAACUGCAGUCGUUCCUCGAGCGCAAGACCGUCCGCGGAUUUCCAACGAGAGAUCUCGAUCUGAAAAUCAUAUCCGUCUUGAUUUGCAGCUUGACAUUAAUAGUGAUUCAGAAGAGACCUCGCCAAUUUAUCAGCCAGUCGCCUCCACUCGCUUGCCUUCAAUUGUGCCCUGCGGAACGCCAUCUUCCUCCUCAUCGAGGAACCGAUCAACUCUGGCCACCACGCCACUGUCUCAUGUAAACGCUAGAGCGAGUUGUUCCGACCACGAAAACAUGUUCUUACAGAAAAAAUUGACAACUUACAAGGCCAACAGUCAGCACCCGCAAUGGCAGAAAAAAGGAAAAGUGAAAACCUUCCACAAGAUAUGGUGUUUUAAUGAUGACACCAUCCUUGAAGUUACCCAAGCAAUCGAAAGAGGUGUCAGAGCAACAUCAGCUUUCAAAGACGUUGAUACUGUCAUAUUAGAGCGUGCCUUAAAGACUUACUUUAAAACCCUCAAGGCAAAAAUCAGAGGAGUUGUUAACCCACAUGAGGAAUGAGGGACUGCUCCAAGUGGCAAACAAGCAGGAUGAAAGUGUAAUAAAUUCUAGGAGGAAUCAAAUGGGUCACAAUGUGAGUGAAAAAUGGUGUACUUAUCCUAAACAGAAAUGACUAAACAUUUUUAUCACGUGACCAAUUAUUUUUUUGUUUUGACCAGGUGUGUUGUCACUUGCAUUAGUUUCUAAACUUUAGUGUCAACAACACUAUAAGGAAAAUAAUUGUCGAGCAAGUUUCAACCUGUACAAGCAAGUUUCAACCUGUACAAGCAAGUUUCAACCUGUACAAGCAAGUUGCAACUUUCACUAUCAAAUUUGCUCAAGUAAGUUUCCAAGUUCCUGUUUUCAUUUUGCGGUAUAAAACAAGGUAAUACCAGCUCUGUUUCAAAGAAACAGAGUAAAUUCAGUCAGCCGUCACCCGCCUGUUUAUCGAGAGACUGCGACAAAUAAGUGACGGGCUUAGUUAAAUUAGCAAAACCAGGAAUCGUGCUUCAAAAUUAAAAGUGUAAGCCCUAACCUUGCAUUGAAUGGAAACUCUAGAAUAUUGCAUUGUGAUGUGAAAAUAUUGAUUGACAGCUUGCUGAAUGCAACUUGCAACUUUCACUUCAAAUUUGCUAGAAUAGUUUGAAUUAUUUUCAAGUUCCAUUUUCCCAUAUAAAACAAGGUAAUUGCUGAUCAGUUUCUAAGAAACAAAAUGAAUUAGCUCAAUAUUUGCCUGUUUAUCAAGGUAACAGACUGCAAGAAUUUAGCAUUCAAAUUGCCAUGGUCAGGAAAUCACACUUCAAAAGUAGUCAUGUGAAAUUGACUUUUUUAGUUAAAUUGCUAUGAAGUGAGUCUGUUACUAAUUUCAUGCAGCAAACUGUCAAUCAAUGUUGGAACAUUGCAACACAACGUUGAUGAGUUUCUGUAAAAAAAAGUUACCAGCAGUUUGACAGUAAUUUGUAGGAUUAGCUGUGUUGGUGAUGUUAUCAAAGACUAAUUGGUAUGUUGCGACGAUGUUCGGUCUUUUAAUACCUUAUAAAAUAGAACCUACUGUAUUGAAACUGAUAGGGUAGGCAGUGCCUGAGUAGGAGUUUUUGGAAGUAACUCCUCUUUAUGAAUCAUAACACACUGUACAGUUCAUGUGAAAAUGUUUUGUUGAGAAUGUCCUGCUGGCAGGAGUGCUGUAAAGACUUAAAAUCAAUGAUGUUAUAAUUUAAACUUGCCUUGUAGCUUUUCCCCAUUAUUAAGGUUAUAUUCUAUAUCACAUAUAUGGUAUUUAUAUAAGUGUGCAUGGGCUGAUUAAAUAUAUUUAUUUAUUAAAUGUUAAUUUUCUUUAACAGAAAGGGUUUUGUUUGUACAGAAAASGAGAAAUGUUUAAUAAAUUU